CAGUGUGUGUCCGCUUAUCUGUGUCUACGCGCUUCCGCCAAUGAGAACCGCUUUCUUCUUUUUAAAUAGUCGUUUUAUUGAUCUAAUCAUUUCAAGUGUUAUUGAGGUGUUCACUUCGGACACCUUGUGUCUCUGACAAAGCUGAACUGUUAGGCCAGUACUGUAAGUGACGAGUUCACUCUCUGACACAACAUAUCUGCAGGAUCUGUGAUGUGGGACGUUCAUCGCACACCUACACCUGUCAAGACAACGGUGCCCAGAAGGAUGCCUUGACACUUUUUAACUGCACACAAGAGCAUCGUAGAGUUUCUGCUGACAGACGGUGAAGAACUAAAAUCUCCGAGCCUGUCUUCGCUUUAACUGAAAGCGACCACGCAGAAGAUCCAAAGGUGCUUGACCAACUGUAGCCAAAAGUGGUGCUACCAUCAGUCAGGCCAGGUCAGUCACUCAGCAUCAGGCAAACUUCCAGCCUGCAAGAGUUAACCCAGCCCCGGCCGAGUGACCAGUUUGUCGGCAGCUCGUUAUCUGUCCAACCUUCGCUGUCCGCGCAUCCCGUUAACCCUCCCAGAGUGAUGGAUCACCUCCCUCCUCCUCCCAGUAAGUGAGCGAGUGACGGGAGAACUGCAGAAGACAGAAGCAGGAACAGCAGAGGAAUGCAGCAAUCAAGAAGGGGAAUCAUUCGACUGUCUAGGAAAUACGAAGAAAUCGAGACAAGCUCAGCGCCGCCAUUUUGUUGACCUCGUUCCGGUGUAGAGGGGAGAUCACUCGAAAAGUCAGCCACAGACUGGCUGGCUGGCAACCCUAACAAGGACUGAACCCCGGCCCUCACCAGGCUACGUGAACAAUUAGAACCAGAUUUUCCUGCCAGUAAUUAAGGUGGUCCAACACACAGGUCGCCCUGACCCACUGAUCUCUUCUUGUCGAUCAUCCAUAGAGGGAAGGUCAGAAAUUAGGGGAGGGCGAAGAAAGUGGGAGGAACCAAUUCCAAUUGGAGAAUAGUCUUGAAAAGACAUUAAUUUUUAGAGGAGCGAGAUAGGGGUGCUCAGAGGGCCUGAAUUGACUCUCUAAACAGCGGUAUUUUGUACAGCAAGUAUGGACGUUUGUUCACAUUCUCUACUUUCAUAACGUGACUCUUUUUCUAGUUUUUUAAAUACAUACUUUCAGGCAUAAGGAAUAUAAUGAUACCCGUGGAUUUGUUUUAAUCUAAUACAUAAAAAGGAAAGUUGCAUUACAGUUAUCAGUAAACUUAUAUAAUUAAGAUUAUAACUUGAUUUAACCAACCGGAGUUUGUCUUAAUAUUGUAGACCAAUAUUACAGCACAUUACCCUGUGCCUCACAAAGAGUACAAAUUAGUCACGCCUGCUCCAAAAGACAUUGUGGAAGGUAUCUAGAUAUAUCAAAUUGUGAUAUUCACGUGCCCUGCUAUUUGCGGUAACUUUCCAAGAAGGUAAAUCUAUUUCCCUCACGAUACAGACAGCUUUGGGAUAUUAUUGCAAAAUUCCAUUUACAUUUGUGGUAUUUCUGUUGAAAGACAUUUUUUGUUUGUUUACAAAACCGUGAACAAAAUUGCUUCGUCAGAUAUAUCCUUGUGAAAUUCAGAACUUAACUCGGCGAGAAACAAGAAACAAAAACAAGAACAUUAACGAAAACAAAUACUCCUAGGAAAUAAUUGCUUCACUGUGUUGCUGCUUUAUUGAAAAUCUACAAGAAUAGUUGUACCCACAAGGCUGUCCGAAAAUAGAAGUUACAACUAAGUAGCAAAUACUGCUGGGAAAUAUUGUUUCACAGAAUUGACGCUUCACUGAAGAUCUACAACAAAAGCUAUACCGACAACGCUACUCGAACUUACAAGUUCCCCAGGGAAAUACUAUUUUACAGUGUUGAUUCUUCACUGAAAAAUAAAGGCUGCAACGACAAAAUUGCUCGAACACACACGUUACACCCCAGUUCUGAUGUCCUCGUUUAACUGAAUCACUGAAAUUUUCCUAUUGAUCUAUCGCCCACGCCCUUGGUGAAGUGGUGUGGCUGGUUACGUGCAGAAAGCAUGUCAUUGUCCCAGUUUGGUUACACUUCCUCCUACUCGACGCCAGGAUCCCCGCUCUCCACAACACAGCUCCUCCCUCCGGCUCCCUCCUCCACCUCCUCCUCCCCCGUGAUGUCUGGGUGUUGUGAAAACGGCCGCAGCUUCGUGCACCCUCACACAGGACAGACAGUGUGCUCGUGCCAGUACUCACCCUCCAGCCUACUAACUUACUCACGGGUGGGUGUCGGUGUCGGGGUGGGGAUCCCCGAUCCGGUGUACCCGGCCACACCCUACUCGGCUCCACAAGGCUACGUCCCGCUCGGCCCAGACCCGUCGGCCUUCUACCCCCCUUUGAACUCCCCAUACGAGCUGAAGGAAGCCGGGGAAACAUGGCGUGGCAUUGGACAGACCACAGCCUGUUACCCUUACGACCCUACCAGCAUGCCACCGUACCCGUACCCGAACGCAUAUGGCACAGUUGACAUCAAUAGUGCAGCCCGCAGGAAGAACGCGACUCGCGAGAACACCAACACUCUGAAGGCGUGGCUGUAUGAACAUCGGAAAAACCCGUACCCGACCAAGGGAGAGAAGAUUAUGCUGGCUAUCAUCACCAAGAUGACGCUCACUCAGGUGUCGACCUGGUUCGCCAACGCCAGGAGACGGCUCAAGAAGGAGAACAAGAUGACAUGGUCACCUCGCAACAGGAGCGAGGACGGCAGUGAUGACGUAGACAAUCCCGAGGACGAUGACGACUGUGGAGAGAGCAGGGCUCAUGACGUCAUGUCGCCCAAUCAUGAACUGGACAUCACGUCAUCCAAGCCAUCGUCACCUCUCUUAUCUCCAG